UAAAAUCCCUGCUGAUUUCGACUAUCCACAUCAGUCUUCUUCUUCGAACGAGAGUAGCUGUACGCCGCCUCCACAUUCAACAUGAAAACAAUCAUCGCCCUCUGCGCCCUCGUGGCCGUCGCCAUCGCAGCACCCCCUCACGAUCAGACGGUCGUCGUGAAAGAGACACCACUGGACAACAUCGGUAUUGAUGGAUACCAGUAUGGUUACGAGCUCUCCAACGGCCAGGCUCAUCAAGAGUCAGCUCAAUUGCAAAACGCUGGUCAUGAGAACGAGGCUCUCGUCGUCCGCGGUAGCUUCAGCUACGUCGACCCGGAGACCAACGUCAGGUACACCGUCAACUACGUCGCCGACGAGAACGGAUUCCACCCCGAGGGAGCGCAUCUGCCGUCCAUCUAAAUGUAUUAAUUACCAGCGAGAUACUAAAGUCGAUAUGAAAAACAGCUAGCUCUGGAUAAAUUUGCCUGAUGAUCAUCAAGUGAGCAUAGUGAACUUGAAGACAAUUGUAAAGUACAGAUAUUCUCGAUCGUUUUAAUUAUCUGAUAUAAAUAUCUGCAUAAUUAGCUCAUAAUGCAGUAGAUAUUAAAUU